AUGGCUUUCGUGAAGGAUUACUCACUGGUUUCUUCCGUGGUAAUGGUGGUGGCUUUGUUUGGGGUGUGUUUUGGUGGUACUGUGUACAAGGUGGGUGACUCCCAUGGGUGGACAGCCAAAGAUGGUUUUAAUUACAAGGAAUGGGCAGCUAGCAAGACCUUUUAUGUUGGAGACACCAUCGUUUUUGAGUACAAUGCCAAGGAGCACAAUGUGGCCCAAGUGACCCACGGAAAUUUCAAUGCCUGCAACUCAACGGAUGCAAUCACCACCACCGCCUCCGGCAACGACAGUAUAAAGUUGACGAAACCUGAACACUUGUUCUACAUUUGCGGUGCCCCCGGUCACUGCCAGGCCGGCCAGAAGGUUGACAUCAGAGUUGUUGCUUCAUCAUCAAGCCCUAAUGCAUCAAGUCCGAGUCACACCCCACCACCCAGUUCUUCAAACCCUAAUGCAUCAAGUCCGAGUCACACCCCAGCUCCCAGUUCUUCAAACCCUAAUGCAUCAAUUUCACCUGCUCCUGUCUCACCCAAGAAGAGCAGUGCUCCAUUUGUCCAGUCUUCUAAUGGGCUACUUAUACUUGUGAUGAUUAUGGGGGUUCUUGCUUCUUUUUAUGAAUAG